AUCGAUCUUUUUGUGAAAAUGAUUAUGUUGAGAAUUAUUAAAAGGACCCCGUGGAAGGGUAAAUAGAAAGUAAAAAUACAGCUUUGGCUAAGUGAUCAUGACAAAUCCUAACUAGAUAUUUUCCUUGAGGCAGCCCUUUAAUACCGAUCAAACAAUAAAUGCUUUAUCAAUAAAAAAAGCUAAAAAUGAAAACGAAACGUUUAUUCUUUGACUCGGCCUACAUCAUAUCCUGUACGUAAAGGGAGAAAGUUAGAAAUGCGAUUGAAUUGAUUGGUUUCAAUUUCAAGUAACGGAUUUUUUUCUUUAAUAUAAAUCUAUGACUGUUUUCAAGCUGUCCAGAUUCGCUGAUCUUCACCUAUUAUAAUUUGAAUUAUAAGCGGUCAUUGCUAUCCGUCAUUGUAAAGACCAGUCUCUCAAAACGAAUUCUCGUGAUACGAUGUCGAGCCAGCAUACCUCCCCAACCCCGUACGAUCGACCUGAUGGUGUCACGAUCUACCACGAGUCGACGUCAGUGGUGGCCGUCAUCGAAGGGAUCACUAUUGUCGUUAUCUUCCUCGGAGCGUUGGUCGCCAAUCUGAUUGCGAUGGUAACGAUUCUUCGAGACAAGGUUCUGAGAAGGAACCUCCAUAACUGGCUGAUCCUGAACCUCAUCAUAAACGAUCUUGGCUUUACAAUCAUGAACAUAUCAUUGCUCGUAGUAUCUGUGUUCGACCAAGGCUAUUUUCUCCUUCACAACAAAGCUGUGUGUUUUGUAAGUCUUUUUCUAUUUUGCAUUUUUCGCCACCUUUCUCAUAUACGAUUUUAAUAUAUUUCGAUUUGGGAUAUUAAAGGAACUUUAUACUUCUAAUGAAAAGAACAUGUAAUUGUUUUGUAAAUCUAUUUAGUUUCAUAAUUGGUAUUUCGCAUACCAAAUCACAAAUCUAAUAUGACUCCUCUCCUACUCAAAAAAAAAAAGUAUCACUCGAUCGUUCUACUGGAAAUGAAAUAUUUAAUUAAUUCUCAUUUAUCAUUGUGUGCAGAUUCAAGGUAACGUUCUUUUUGCCUUAGGGAACUUUGUCACAGUCUUGGCAAUCUCCGUGGAUCGCUACUUGGUCGUAGUCUGGUCGGCCCGCUUCCCUCCUUCCAAAUCAAGAUCCAUCGUCUUUAUCGUCUUCUGUUGGGUCGCCGCCAUUGGAUCCUCCUUUAUACCCUUCUUAUUCAGAAGCGUCUCUUCGAUCAGGUAUAAGACAAUUUCCCACAGCUGCUCGCCAGAGUAUCCGGAGGACUGCUUCUAUGCCACCACCGUGAACGUCAUCAUCUUUCUAGUCAUCGUACCUACGAUGGUUUUAUGCUAUGCUGGUGUGUUCCUAAAAGUGUUGCGUCAACAACGGUUGCUUAGGUCCUACGCCGACGCAAAACCUAGUGUCGUGAGCAACGUAUGUUCCGUUAAAGACAACGACGAUGACUACCACGACCAUGACCGUGUGACCUAUGCUGAAGAUGACAUGCCAAUGGAGGUCAUUGACCACCCGAUUAAAGGACGUACCUGCUCGAAUCUUACCCCAGAGCUUAUGGACUACGCCCAGUCUGCAAACACUGAGGAACCUGACGCUGAACAUGCUGAAGGAGAAAACGAGGAGAAAAAGACUAUUGAACAGGAAAAUGUGAUGAAAGGAAUCGAGAAAAAAGAUCGUAGGUCAAUGCAGAAGAAACUCAACCUUGAAAAAAGAGUUGCCCUGACGGGAACUCUACUGGUGCUAACAAUUUUGGUCUGUUGGUCACCGUACUGCAUCGUUAACUCUUGUCUCCUAUCCAUCAAAAUCCCCCAUUGGAUGGGCGUGGCCACGGUGUGGCUAGGUUACUCCAACUCCCUAUUCGAUCCUCUAAUCUACACGUUCAUGAAUAGACGAAUUGCAGCCCGUUAUCGUGACAUGUUCAGACGUUGGUCGAUUGGAUUAAAUACAAUGAUUAGAUGCAACUCCGGAGAAGCAUGAUUUUUUUUCUCCAUAAAAAGUAUAACAUGUUCGCCGUGGAAACUCGGCGAAGGGCACAAUAUUUUAAUUAAAGCUUGUUCAGAUAUGGAGCGGAAAGCCGCCGAAAAUAUAAAUAAAUGUGUUUAUUGUCUGUUAAAAAAGAAGGAGGAAAAAAACGCCAAUAGGAAACGUAGCUUUCACAUUUAAUUUGUAUCACAAGAGAAGUAAUGAUAAACCAUGCACGAUAGUUAGAGAGUUGUGUUUUCUGAAGUGUUAUUAUCAUGAGACGCCGAAUGAAAUUUGAAUAUUUGAAAGCUCAUAUCACUAAAAUAGAUAUGGAACCGUCAAUUGUCGAAAUGGUCGUAAUUAUGAUUGUGAUGACAAAAAUGUAAUGUUGAUUAAAUCUAGCUUCGUAUAUGUUUUAAUCGUCUAAAUAAUAUGAUUAAAUGAAUUUAUAAUCAAGAGUAUAAGAGUAAUCCAGUCUUCGAUUUAUUAAUUCAUAUUUAUCACGUAUAAACCAUCUAUUUCAAUUAAUUUUUCCGCUUGCACUCAAUAUUAAAUGCUAUCACGAUCAAUUAUAUUUCUUUCUUCUAGUUUACGGUUACUGUGCUCAACAUUAGAAUACAUGUUUUAUUUUAAACCUAAGUUACGUUUUUAAAGAAGUUUGACCCGUUUUAGACUUAAGAACUCUGGGAUCCAUCCAAUACAGGAUUAUUAUUACACAAGAAAUGUAAGGAGGCGCGGUGGCUCAGUGGUAGAGCAGUUGUCUCGCAACCGGGAGGUCCCGGGUUCGAAUCCAAAUCGGUGUGCUUGUGCCAUUUGGUAAGGGAUUAAUCUUCAUUACCAAGUUCCUCAGGGAGGACUUUAAGCCGUCGGUCCCCUGGUUGCUUACUAACAAGCAUACACAGUAUUCGGGUAAAGCAAUCAUCAAUCACCAUCAUUAUCAUCAAACUUUAUGGAUAGACAGUUGACCUGUAAGUCAUGAUUAUAACCUAUACUGUUUAGAAUGGAGAUAAUGAUAUUAUCCUAUUUUUUUCUCUUCUGAAAAGUACUGUAAAUUUAAAGGAAAUGAUUAUUAUUAUUACGAGACCUUUUGGUUUCAUUGAAUGAAAGAGAUGACAAAGCAAAAGACACACUCCGAGUGUUAAAAUCUAAAACUGAGUUGUAACAAGAAUUGAUUUGGAGAUCGAAACUACAGUAUACCAUUGAAGCCAUCUCUUUUAUGACAGAGCACUUAAUGUUGUCUCUUUCACAAAGUAUCAAUUCGCUUUCUUCACUUUUAAAUUUUGUUUAGCAAUAUUAGGUUACGAUUAGUUCAAUUCCGGAAUCUGUGUGUUGGCCCCAUACAAAGCAAGGUACUAUGCAUAAUUUGGAAUUGGCGAAAUAUACAGACAUUAAAGGUCAAUGUUGUUUUUCUAUCACUCGAUCUAUAUUCAUUAUUAUAAUACUCCUGGUUUCUAAUUGGAAGAUUGUUUAUAUUUUUCUUCAAGCCAGGGUCGAAACGUGAAAUUGCUUGGAAAAAUCAACUGGCAAGCCAAUAAAUGAAUAAAUUAAUGAAAUAAAUAAAUAAAUAAAUGGAUAAAUGAAUUUGAACUUAUAAAUAAAUAAAACAAAACCCAACAAUCAGAUGUUUUGCUCUCAGUUGCUUUCAUGACCCACAUAAACGUAUCCAGCAGGGACGUGUUUGAGUUUGAUGUUCAUUUUUUUUCCAUGUAUAUACAUCGUCACACAUCAUUUGAUUUGUAACAUAGUUAUAUGGUCGCAUAA